UAUCUCACCCUGAGUUAUGUCUGGGGCGGCGACCAAGCGCACAAAACCACGUUAUCCAACAUAACCACGUACGAAGGCGGAAUUGACCCCACCCUUAUUCCCCAGACCAUCCGCGAUGCUAUCUAUGUCACAAAUGCGCUCGGGUUCCGGUGGCUUUGGAUCGACAGCCUGUGCAUUAUCCAAGACUCUGACCAGGACAAACGGCGCGAGUUGGCGCGCAUGCACUACAUCUACCGCUACGCGCAUCUGACUAUUAUCGCCGCCAGCGCAAAGAGGAUCGGCGAGGGCUUCCUCCAGGAUCGUUCGCCUCCACCGCAGGUGAACUUCAACGAACCGUUUUCGAGCGCAGACCUCAUUCUCCCCUUUGUCUGGGCCCUCUGGCCGAAUCGGGGCUCUGACGACCUGGAGCCCAUCAGCACGCGGGGCUGGUGCAUGCAAGAGUACCUCAUGUCCCCACGCUCGCUCAUAUUCACUUCAAAGACGCUGCAGUUCAGGUGUCUGACCACCACGCAGAACGUCGGCAACUCGCUCCGCGAUACGGUCGACGAGUGGCGGAUCCCGAGCACGCUCUUCCUCCCGGAACCCCCUCCCGCCGAGCAUGGCUCCGCGGAGUGGGACGAUGUGCACGGGGAAUGGCUGGGUGUUCUGGGGGACUACAGCCGCCGCACGACUAGUCUCCCCUCCGACAAGCUGGUCGCGUGCGGUGCAGUCGCGGAGCAAUUUCACCGUGUCCUGCGCUCGGACUACCUCGCCGGCGUGUGGCGCGACUCGCUCCUCUUGGAUCUACUCUGGUGUGCGGCCCAAGGCGAACACCUCUAUCGCCCAGCGACAUAUCGUGCCCCCUCUUGGUCAUGGGCGGCAGUAGAGGGCGAGCUUUCGUGGCGCGCGGGGGGUCCCGGGGAGAUGAUGAUUUUGGAUGAGGACGUGUUCGCCAAGGUGGUUCGGUGCGAAGUCUCUCUCGAAGACGCUGCACUUCCGUUCGGACGGGUGACGGGAGGGUCUCUCAUUUUGCGG